AUGGUUGUUUUACCAGUUGGAAACAUGGGAAAUAUGGGCAGCAUGGGUAACGUAGGCAACAUGGGUAACGUAGGCAACAUGGGUAACAUAGGAAACAUGGGAAACAUGGGAAGCAUGGGAAGCAUGGGAAGCAUUGGAAACAUUCCUUUUUAAUUAUAAAAUUCGUUGGUCCUUAUGUAUAAGAUUUGUAAUAAUUAAUGA